CUGCGCUUAAAAGGCAGGGAAUCGCUGUCCGCAAUAUUUUUCCUCGACAGAUCCUGCCGCAGUCUACUCCCUCCCGCACCACCCUCCUCCGCCCUCCCGGCAGUCGCCGCCGCCGCCGCCGCCGCCACGUCUCCCGUGUCCUCUGCCUGUGUUUCCUGGUCCUGCACCGCCGCUCCCGCUUGUUCUCUUCGACCCCGGCCUUGAGGUAACGCGUCCAGGGCCAAGCCGCUGGGCCCUCCGCCCCGAGCGCCUUCCCUCAGUGCUCGCCCCGGUGGGUGUGGCCCGGCCUGCCCUGUGCCCUACUACUGCACUUCGGUUUCUUCUCGCUCGCCGCCGCUACAUUUCGGCCUCCUCCCCUGGCCCCUAGCUCCCCGCCCCCACCUCCGGAGACCGAGCCCCUGAGCUAGUCAAGAUGUCCGAGGCGGCAGGAAAUCUCAAUAGCCUCCGCAUGGCGAAUGUGGCCCUGCGAGAAGAAUUAAAUGCCCUUCGCGGGGAGAAUGCCAAUUUGGGCCUUCAGCUGGGAAGAGCCCUGGCCGAGGUUAAUUCCUUGCGGGGCAAUGUCUCCAGCUACGUCCGCUGGCCAGUGCCCAUAGUACCCCUUAUUGCCGAGGAGAACUUUGACUUCCCGCUCAAUGAGAUCGACGCCGUUCCCGAGGGAGAGGUGCCCUUCUUGUGUUGGCCUCCCCCACGCACAGAUCCCGAGUAUGUCUCGGAUGAUCUUUUGAUUAACGUGAUCCAGGACUACAGCAACCCCGACGGGGUCAGUGAUCCUCCUCUGCCGCCCAGCCCACCCCCGCCAGAGCAGCCCUCACCCCCAGCGUCAAAGGAGCCGCCCCCGCAGCCGCAGCCGCAGCCGCAGCCCCAGCCCCAGCCCCAGCCGCAGCCGCAGCCCCUUCUGCCACCAUUGGAGAGGCCUAACAUACGGCUCUUUUCUGGCGAUCCAGUCUACCUGGCUGAAUUCCUGAUGCAGCUAGAGACCUUCAUAGCUGACCAUGAGGAUCAUUUCCCUGGGGGUGCUGAGCGGGUGGCCUUUCUGAUCUCCUUUUUCACUGGUGAAGCGAGGGACUGGGCCAUCUCUGUCACCCAGGAAGGAAGCUCCCUGCAUGCCAACUUCCCGCGCUUCCUGGAUGAAAUCCGUAAGGAAUUCCGUGGCCCCAUACCCCCACGAGUGGCUAAAAAGGCCAUACGCAAGCUCAAGCAGGGAGACUGUACCCUGGGCAGCUAUGCAGAUGCUUUUCAGUUCCUGGCCCAAUUCUUGUCUUGGGAUGACUGCCGCCUCCAAAAUCAGUUCCUCAAAGGCCUGUCGGAAUAUUUCCGAAAGGAGCUCUUAUGGUCAACUGAAAUGGCCGACCUGGAUGAGCUGAUUCUUGAGUGUGUGGAGAUAGAAAGAAAAGUGCGUAUCCCCAAGCCAAUCAAGCUCCCUGGGGUGCGCAAUGUCGUCCCUCCUUUUGCUCCCACCCCUGAUGAGGAAGAUAUUAUUGAUGAACAGCGCUACCAUGAGGAUGAUGAAGAUGGGAUAUGCAGGCACAGCUCUUCCCUGAAGGACCAGGACAUAAGGGCUUUCGGGCAAGAGGUGAUAGAGGAGGAGGAGGAGGAGGAGAAGAUGAGGGAGGAGGAAAAGAUGAGGGAAGAGGAGAAGAUGAGGGAGGAGGAGAAGAUGAGGAAGGAAGAGGAAGAAAUGAAAAAGGAGAAAGAGAAUGAGGAAGAGGAAGAGGAGGAUGACGACGAUGAUGAUGAUGAAGAUGAUGAGGAUGAUGAGGAGGAUGAGGAUGAAAAUGAGGAGGGUGAGGAAGAUGAGGAUGAGAAGGAAGAGGAGGAGGAAGAGGAGAUGAAACAGAAAGAGGAGGAGGAGAUGAAGAAGAAUGAGGAUGACAAUGAGAAUAAGGAUGAGGAAGAAGAUGAAAUUGAGGUGGGGAGCCAGGAACCAGAGCAGGAGCCAGAACAGGAGCAAGAGAGGGUGCCAUUGUUUGAGGAGAUGUUUGGUGAGAUGGGCCAUGAGCACCACCAUCACCACCACAUCCACCACCACCAUAAUGGGAUCCAUGUGAUAGAAGAACUGAUGGAGAUGGAGGAGCCUGUUCUUGUUGACACUUCAACCCAGACGAUUAGCACAACCAUUGGCUACCAUGCUGAGAAUUUCCUGGGUGCAUCACCUCCCAUAAUACAGCCCAGCAGACGGAGGAACCAGAAUCGAGUCCCACUUCUGGAGGGCCUUCCAGGUACCAAUUCACCAUUCUACAGCUCCCCACCACUGAUUCGCCGUGCCGGUCGCUUGGGGCAACGCCAAAUUCGAAGACGUCCCCCGGUGCUAUUCCGCCUUACUCCAAGACAGGGGGGCCACCGAGCUGCUCGUGGCCGAAUUCGCGUGUGAGUGAUGGGGCAAACUGGCCACCUGGAACACACCCUUCUACUGCGUCCCCUGCCCCUGCUAUUGCUGCCACACUUGCCCCAUGUACUGACCAGUCGUUAAGGGAGUUCCAGACCUGCCCAACCUGAAGAAGACCUGCAGAGUUCUAGACUGUCUUGCAACCAUGAUCAGAGAGUGACAUGUGCUCAGCCAAGGCCACCUGGGAAAGGAUAGGAUAGCAAAAGCUGUCCUCUUGGCAUAUACUCUGCUCAGUCCUGCCACAAGCUAGAGAGCAGGUUUCUGGGCCUGUUCUCGUGAAUGAACUGGUCACCCUUUUGUAUUCCCCUCUAGUUGUGCCCAGCCUCUCCUGCGUUUAUUCACCCUGUGUUCUACAGUUUUAUCCUCCAACUGGCUCACCAGAACUUCACCCAAUGCCUCAUUGAUCUGCCCCAAUGAUUGAAAGGACAAGCUACAUUGAACUCCUAAAGCCACUGAGGCCACUUACUAAAUAUAAUGGACAGCGAGCAGGACGACACCGGGAAAUGUGCCUAGAAGGCUAUGCUUGUUUUGUGCUACACCUCCAGCAGAAGGGCCUGGAAGAGGACCUACAUGUAGCCCAGUGAGAGUGUGCAAAGCCACAUGUAAAACUGACAAUUUGAGAUUUGUUUGUCCUUAACUGACUGUGGCAAGCUGCCUCCACUUCCAGCACUUGAAUUCAUCUUUCUUCAGACUCCUAUAUUAGGGCCCUUGGAACGGCUUGGCCAAAUCUGGGGCCUUCUCCUCUUACUACACUGUCCUCCUGGACAUCCCCAGAAUACAGCUUGACAUGGCAGGCCCCACCCCUUUCCUUGAUGGUGCCUAAAGGGGCAUUUGGGGUGGUGGAAUAGGAGGAGGAAGAGGGAGAAACCACAUGACUGCUUCAAAUCCUACAGAGUAAAUUUCCUUAGGGAAGAGGGUCUCCUUCCCCAGCCAAAGGUCUCUGCCAGCAACAUUCUGUCCUAGAGGCACCCCACUAACCUUCCCUUCCAAGAUAAACGGCCUGCUCCUUAACUCCCUCCAACUCUUAAGGAGGAGAGUUGGAAGGUUGCCUCUACAGAGAUUGUACCCACUGCAGCCUUGCAUCUUGGACACCUGCUUGGCUCUCACAUGGGGGUGAGUCUCUGGGCUGUUGCUGUACUUUGACUGGACAGUAAGGCUGAUGGUGGUGCUGCCUCUUAGGCAUUCCUGGGACUCCUCAGUACAAACCCAGACAGGUGCCCUUAUAGAGAGACCUGCUGUUUGCCUUGGGUCCAGAAAACACUGCUUCUGCAGUGAAAAAUACACAUUUACUAUGUCAGCUCUGGCCAUGAAAUGCCAGCCAAAUCCACUCCUUGCCUGAACUGCCCCUGGACACUGAACUCUCUGCACAGUGCCUGGCAGCUGGGCAAGUGCAGCCAAAGUGUCUGUGGCCAGAGGGAAGAAAACAGUGAAUGAAGUGUCUGUUCCACACCAGAGUCUGACAGAUAACCUCAGCCCAGCCUUGGGAUUUGGGGCCUAGAGGCCAGAGGAAGGAGCUGGAGGAAGAGGAGUCACAGAGAUCCAGUCCUCAGACUGGUUUCGGGUGAGAUCUCUAUUCAUCAGUGGGAGCUUAUUUCCUCGGGAGAGAGUUCCAGAAGGGGAACAGCUAUUCAUCGAGGCUGUGGAUCCUGUUUGCUGAUGUCAACAUGCUGGCCCUGCUGCCUAUGAACUUGUGGAGAAGUGCAAAGGACAGGUGCCUUGCACCCCCACUUCCAGGGACCCCUCAGCACAGGCCCUGCCUGUUCCCAUGGUGCUCACCCUGAACCCUUGCAGCCUCAGCCAGGGAGAGAGUGGAUGAGCAGUGAGCUGGUUUCCGGGCCUCUAGGGGCAGAGGGGGCUUGGGCUUCCCUUUGACCCUCUCCCCGCUUUCCCAGAUCUUCAAUAUUUGUUGUGAUGUGACAGCCACAAGAGCUGUAAGAGGAACUAUGAGCUUUGGGUUUUUCCUUGGGUUGAAAGAGGGGUGGGGGGUGGGUGGGAAAUGCAUGCAGGGGUAUGAAGGCAGCCCAAGGAUUCCCAGAGGCUCGGGAGGAAACCCCCUUGAAAUAAAUGUGUUAUUGUUAUUAUUGUGUUAUUGUUGCACUACUGUGUUGUGAAGAUAAGAAAUUGCUCUGUACGCUAAAGCUUCUCUCCUCAAUAAAAAUAUAAAGGGUGUGUAAA